GAUAGAAACAGGUGAUUUCUUGUUUCGAGGAGGAGGAGCGAGAGGGAGCGAGAGAGAGUGCAAAUAUGAGGGAAGAAGUACGAAGCUCAGGGGGAACCAUGGAUCCCUUACUUUUAGCUAGGUCUUCUUCGCCUCCGCAGACACCUGCAGCGAGUUCUGCAGGGGCAUCCUCACCUGCUGUUCCAGCAAAUGUUGGCAGUAUAGAUUGGUUGGGUAAUGGACCAGGCUCGAAGGCUGGUUCACUAUCUUUUGUUGGCUCACACCCUCCAUGGACUUCCUUGAGCACAAGUGCUGGUGGAUCUGCUCUUGGGUCAUCGCAACCUUCAUGCAGACCAUGGGAAAGGGGUGAUUUGCUAAGGCGUUUGUCUACAUUCAAACCUUCAAAUUGGUUUGGAAAACCGAAGGUUGCUAAUUCGUUGGCCUGUGCCCGAAGAGGCUGGGUGAAUGUUGAUGCCGAUAAAAUUGAUUGUGAGGCAUGUGGAGCAUGCCUGAGUUUUGUUUUAUCAACCUCCUGGACACUCUCUGAAAUUGAUGAUGCUGGUGAAACCUUUGCUAAGCAACUUGAUACUGGGCACAAAGUCAGUUGUCCUUGGAGAGGAAAUAGUUGUGCAGAAAGUUUGGUGCAGUUUCCUCCAACUCCUCCAAGAGCUCUUGUUGGUGGUCAUAAGGAUCGAUGUGAUGGACUCCUGCAGUUUCUUUCUCUUCCUGUUGUAGCUGCAUCUGCAAUUGAUCAGAUGCGGGUGUCACGAGGCCUACAAAUUGAUCGUUUCCUAUCCCAGUUGCAAACUUUUACUGCUGGAGAGUUGGGUUUUAAAGCGGAGAGCAUUGCAGGUGCAGAAUCCUCCCGAGAUGAGGCGCCGUGUGAAUAUACUCACGCACAGAAGUUGGUUAGUCUUUGUGGAUGGGAGCCUAGAUGGCUUCCCAAUGUGCAAGACUGUGAAGAGCAUUCUGCUCAAUCAGCUAGAAAUGGAUGCUCUUCUGGCCCCACCAGGGACCAAACUUAUCCUUCACAGGGUCCUGGACCAUGCAAGAAUGCAAUUUCUGCUUCAGCUAAAAUAGACACUGGAAAGAAAAAGAUGUCUAUGCCAGAGUAUCAAUGUGAAUCUAGGUCACCUUUGUUAGAUUGUAGCUUAUGUGGUGCUACUGUCAGAAUCUGGGAUUUCAUAACUGUACCUCGGCCUGCUCGUUUUUCUCCCAACAACAUUGAAAUUCCUGAAACAAGCAAAAAAAUGGCAUUGACACGAGGAAUAAGCGCAGCCAGUGGAAUUAAUGGAUGGGUUGCUGCUGAUGGUAUGGAGAAAGAACAGACUGAGGGUCGUGAUGAAGCAGCAACAACAGAUGAUGGGAAAUCAUUGUCAAAUGCUGGUGUUGAUUUAAAUCUUACCAUGGCAGGAGGAUUGCCAUCUACGCAGUUGGGCAUUGCAUUGAUGCCUCAAAGGUUUCAGGAAGCAGAUAUGGGAAGGGAUCUAAUGAUUGGACAACCUUCAGGUAGUGAAGUUGGUGAUCGUGCAGCUUCGUAUGAGUCACAUGGCCCAAUCACUCGGAAACGGAGCUUAGAAGAAGGUGGGAGCACGGUUGACAGGCCGCAUUUGAGGGUGCAACAGGCUGAUAGCAUAGAAGGAACUGUCAUAGACCGUGAUGGUGAUGAAGUUAAUGAUGGUAGACAGUAUUCAGCUGGGCCUUCAAAGCGUGGACGUGACUUGGACAUCUUUGAUAUGCACCAUUCCUCACAUAGUAAACGUUCAUCUGGUGCUGGUCCUAGUCAUUGGACGGGUUUUGACAUAGAUGCUGAUGCCAAUAGAAUUGAUGCGUUGCAACGAGUGAAUGAACAUGUUAUUGGCCGCACGUCUACUAAAGACUCUGCACGUGCAUCCUCUGUUGUCGCUAUGGAUACAAUUUGUCAUAGUGCAGAUGAUGAUUCUAUGGAAAGUGUUGAAAAUUAUCCGGGUGAUGUUGAUGAUGUGCCAUCUCCAACUACAUACAAGACUCCAGAUAUGAAUGAUGCAUCGGAGUUGAACUAUAGUAAUCAAGCACAACAAAGCACUUGUUUCCAACCAGGUGCUGAAAGAGGUGCUGGCGAAAUGGGUGUCAGUAGCACAAAUGAUGGUGAAGAAAUUUUGAACACAGAAACUGUGACUGCUCAUGCUAGGGAUGGCUUUAGCUUUGGGAUAAGUGGUGGAAGUGUUGGUAUGGGUGCUAGUCAUGAAGCUGAAAUUCAUGGGACUGAUGUUUCUGUCCAUAGACCGGGGAGUGUUGUUGGUGAUGCUGAACCGAUAGCUGAAGUCACAGAAAAUGAGGGCCAAAUAAGUGAAUCUGCUCCAGAUCCUGGCCUAAUGGAUGAGUUUGUUCCUGGGGAAACGGAGAGGGAGUAUCCUCAUGGGGACAGUCAAGAGAUGAUGUCCCGUUCUGUAGGAAGGGCAGAUAGUGGUUCAAAAAUUGAUGGUUCGGCCAAGGCUGAAUCUGUUGAAAGUGGUGAGAAGAAUAGUCAAAGUCAUCUCGUGGCCCAGGAGACCAGUGCUCAUCAUUCUCUUUCUUGCAAUGCUGUUGUAUAUUCGGGUUAUGAAGCAUCCAAGGGAGAAGUGACGCAGGCUGGCAAGGCAUCACUGGCUGAUGACUGCACAUUCCUUGAAUCUAACUAUGUUUCUGCAAAUGGGAUAGGGCCUCCUAAUGGGGAAAGCAACUAUGAAGAAGCUGUAGAAUUUGAUCCAAUUAAGCAUCAUAAUCAUUUCUGCCCUUGGGUGAACGGAAAUGUAGCUGCUGCUGGCUGUUCCAGUGAUGGUUCCAGUUCUAGUGCUGUUGCUGUAGCCCUUUGUGGGUGGGAACUAACCUUAGAUGCCUUGGAUGCCUUUCAUUCACUAGGCCAUGUACCAAUCCAAACAGUGCAAUCAGAGUCUGCAGCAUCUCUAUACAAGGUUGGAGCCAUAAUUUUUAAGGCGCUGCUAAGGCGUCGCCUUACUAGCGCUUUGGCUCUGAUGCGGUCUAGAGAUGGACGAUCACCGUAUUCAUGGGCGAAAGCUUGUGACACACUGCUCUGUUAGCAAAGGCCACGGACAGCAGUAAGAUCGGAUCUUAACAACAAAGGAAUGACGUAUCGUGGAACAAACGAUAAGCAGUCGGGUUCCAUGGUGGGAUGUCAUUGUGCUAUUGCAGCUUUCCUCCAGGGGGAGAAAAUUGACGCCUGUUAUAUCAAGUAAUAGAAGAUCUGGAAAAUGUUGGAUGCUUUUAAUCAACCUUUGAAAACGGGAUAUAGAGUUUUAUUUUUCAUUUUUUUCUAUUUUUUCCCAUCCGUUGGGAUCGGUGAUUGUACUGCAUUAUUGAUUACAAUUAGUGGUUGGUUACAGGCGGUAAUGGUGGAAGUUCUGCGAAUUUUUACUGGCCUUGCAUAUUGUAUGAGAGAUACAGUGAAAAUUAUUGUAAGCUAUCCUUCCAAGUUUCAGAGAGUCUAA